UAAAAAAAAGUUGUUAUCGAAUCACAAAUGUCGUCUGGCGAACAUGGCGGAUCGUCAUAUACAAUUGUGUUGUGCUAGUCUCGAUAUUUCUUGGAGAAUUAAUAUUCUAUUCUGAAGUCCUUAGUAAAUUUUCGUCGAGUCUUAUUGUGAGUGAAUUCUUAUUGAUUACAUAAAAACGGCUCAUAAUUUUCUAUAAAAAUAUAUAAAUGGAAGUAAAUAACUUUGCCGAAUUAAAAGAUGGCGAUUCAACACGGUCUCUCGUGUUAAUAGAAGCGCCAUCUAUAAUAGCAAUUACGAAGCCGAAGUCGGAUGGAAAUAUUAAAAAAAAGCGUCGUCGCGGCAAAACAAAGCGAAAAAUUAUUAAACCGUAUCUAAAGAUCUCUUGGCAAGAAAGAAGGAAGAAUGAAGUGAGGAACAACACUAAAAGAAACAAUCGAUUUCGUAAAAUCGUUUUAGCUAAAACUCAAGCGCCUUUUAACAACAAUCAAUUUUUGAUGGAAAUUCAUAAACCUGAACCAGAAAAUAAUAUCUUUAGGACACCAUCAGCCAGAACUCGUGAUUCAAGUUUCAGUAUUGAUUCUGAAGAUAAUAAUUAUUUUUUUCCUUUACCUGAGGAUGAAGAAGAAUAUUUGACGAAAGAGUUUUCUAGUGUUUAUGAAGACGCACAAUGUGAACGUUUGUCUAACAUGUCUAAAAAUGAACUAAUUGAAGAAUAUCUUCUAUUGGAAGCAAAGUAUGACACUCUUGUUAAAAGAGCGGAACGUUAUAAACCAAAAGACUAUGAAGAAGGCAAAAAUGUAGCUGUUGCUGACAAAGAUUUAAAUUCUGAUUCUGUGAAUUCAAUAAAUGAAAGUGAUAAUUCAAAUACAGAUAAUAUUAAUAUAGCAGACAAACAGGCUUUGUCAGACAUUUUGCAACAGCUUAAAGAACAGGAAGAGCAAAUUAGGGAACUUCAACUAGCAAAUGAGCAGUUGAAAGUUCAAAAUGAACACUUACAACAACACAAUCAAACAAUGAGUGAAGAUUCUGAAAGUGAUAGUUCUUCCAGCUCGGACAGUUGCAGUACUUCAAGCAGUAACUCAAGUCCUAUUCAUGAACCAGAUGUGGUUACUAAUGAUAAUCUACCUAACCAAGUGAAUGGAAUCGAAGAUUCUAACAUUGUCGAGAAUGGACACCACCAUGUGAAUGGUUUUCAUUCACCAACAGAAUAAAUAUAAGUUUAAUUCAAUGUUUGUACAUUAUUGUAUGUACUGCAAUAAAACAGUGUAAGUAAAGAAAUUUUUUUAAGUCGUGAUUAAGUGCUAUUAAUUUCUUGAGCUCCAUUAUGUCAAAUUUACUGAUGUUUUGCAAAUUUUUUACUGUCCAAGUCAAAUUUAGUAUUGUGUAGACAUGCCAAUUUUACCAUAUAGCGUGUUUAAAAAUGGUUUUUGUUUAUAUUUUAAACUUAGAAAAUUAAUUUGACCCAACAUAUAAAAUAAAAAUUAUUGCUGACUUAUAGAUCCAAUAAGAGACCAGUGAAUUACUGCAAAUAAUUCAGCCUGAGUUGUAUGUGUGCAAAGUUGGUGUUUAGGUUAAGGCAUAUAAAAACCACAACAAACAAGCUAUUAAUAUUUCAUUAUAUAAAAUUUGAGUUAACACUAAUAAUAGACAUAUAAUUAAAUUUAUAUUAAACACUUUAUCAGAAUAAAUAUUGCUGGUACUGUAUAUGAGAUAAUAAUUAGUAACAAAAUCAUACACUUGCUUUAGAUGUUUCCUGUUUUAUAAGAAUAUUUUUUUUAUAUAUAUUGAAGAUCAGACAUUAAAAAUAUAAAUUUUAAUCAUGAAAGAACAAGCAGGCAAUAUUAUUAUAGCUUUUCAGGGAUAAUUCCGUUGAACAUAAUAUUUUUGUGUUAGUUGGGUUCUCAAGAGUUUAAUGGUAUAAUUAUAUUGCUACCAAAAUUUUCCUACCACUUGCAUAUUUUUUAAAACUAAUUGAAACAGUUAAAAAUAUUGGAAGGUUUAAUGAUCAUAAAAAUAUAAUUGUGAGAUCUCACACUAGAUUAAGAAAAAAAUCUGUGAUAUAAAUUUGAACGACUACUAAUAUUCAUUCAUACAUUCAUCACUUGCUUGCUAUAUGAAUAUUAUGUUUUAGUUUCUAUCGUGGUGUGAUUUUGCAUAUCCAUGUUCACCUAAAACUAUGAUUUUCAACAAAAAUUGAUCUCACCAUUAUAUUUAUUGAAUUGUAAAUGUAAAACAAUGUUUAUUGGUGAAAAAUAUUGUUAGAAACUGUGCCAACUAAAUCAUGCUUAAUUUAGAGCAAAUAUUUUUUGCCUAUAACCAUAAUUUAUUAAGUUUUUUGUUGAAU